AUGAACGCACAUGAACGUAAUUAUGCACAAAUAGACAAGGAAGCAGCUGCUAUAAUAUUUGGCUUGAAGAAAUUUCAUCAGUUUAUAAGUGGUCGAAGAGUGAUUAUCAAGACAGAUCAUAAGCCUUUGUUGGGAAUAUUCGAUUCAAAGAGACCUAUACCCAACAUUAUAUCACCUAGGAUGUUAAGGUGGGCACUUCUUCUUAACUCUUAUGACUAUGAAAUACAAUAUGUUGAGGGGAAAAAAAUUGGAAAUGCAGAUGCACUCAGUCGAUGGCCGGGUCCAGCAAGUACACAAACUCCGGAAGAGGAUUAUUUAGGAAUUCUACUAAUAGAGGAGACACCCAUUGAAUUGGAGUUCUCUGCCAUAGAAGUGGCUAACUUGACAAAAAAGGAUAAGUGUCUCUGUAAAAUAUUAUAUUGGAUACGUAACGGAUGGCCCGGGAAGACCGAUGACGAGUAUAAGGUUUACUGGCAAAAGCGAGACGAGCUUUCCAUGUAUAAGGAUUGCAUUUUAUGGGGAAAUAGAGUGGUUAUACCAGAGAAGAUGCGAGGAAAAGUGCUGGAGGAGCUACAUAUGAAUCACGACGGUAUCGUGAUCACAAAGGCUAUGGCGAGAAGCUAUUUUUGGUGGCCUGCGAUGGAUAAACAGAUUGAAGACAUGGUGAAGAGCUGUAACGUGUGUGCAGAAAAUCGAAAUAUGCCAUCUAAAGUUACCCAUCAUUGGAUAAAGCCAGAUAAAGCAUGGUCUAGACUUCAUAUCGAUUACGCUGGGCCAUUUCAAGGAAAGACAUUUUUAAUAGUAAUUGACGCUUAUUCUAAAUGGCCAGAGGUCAAGAUCGUACCAGAUAUGAGUAGCUCUACGUUAAUAAGGAUAUUGCGGAAUGUUUUUGCAGAACAAGGUCUUCCCGAUGUACUUGUGAGUGAUAAUGGAAGAAGUUUUGUUUCGGAGGAGUUCCGGAAAUUCUUAGACUCCCAAGGGAUCAGACAGGUUCUGUCCGCUCCUUACCACCCUGCGACCAACGGUCAAGCAGAAAGAACAGUGCAGACAGUGAAGGCUAAAUUAAGGAAAAUGACGUCGGGACCAUGGGAAGAGAGAUUACCAGCGAUACUGUAUGGUUUACGUACUACACCAAAUAGCGUCAAUGAUAAAACUCCGGCUGAGCUCCUGAACAACAGGCGUUUUAGAACUAAGUUCGAUAGAUUGAACCCCCUGUCUUUCAGAUGUGCUGAUAAGGAAAAAGUAAUAGAGAAGAAUAGCGAGACAAAGAACAGGGAGUUUACUAUUGGACAGUCAGUGUACGUAAAGAACUACUGCGGGGGACCACGCUGGUUGAAAGGGAUGGUGGAAAAGCGACUAGGAGUCUGCAGAUACUUAGUGAAAUGGAACGAUAAGCUGUUGGUAAGACACAUCAAUCAAAUGCUCGGUUGCGCGGGAGAAGGACAACGGAAGGUCCCUGAGGCAACCGAUGAUGCUACUGAUGACGAUGACGAGGACACCCGUAUUGCGAUACCGUCGCCUCAUCGUUGGGCGGAUAUCAUAGGUGCGUCCGGACCCCAGGACAUCACGAUACACGGAGACCCACAAAAUAUCGUAUCCAGCAGCCACAAGCGUGCUAGACAGACCACACCCCCAGACUCACCCGAUUAUAAGAGAAUAGCCCUAGCAGAUAGCAAUAGCGGCAGUGAGUCAGAGCUGUCUGAAUGUAGAGAUGUAGAGACGGAGGAGGAAUAG